AUGGGGUUAAGCAAAGCCUGUUCGGCGGCAGACGCUCCCGCCCCAGACAUUGACGGGAUUCCAAACGCCGAGGCAAUCUUCAACGACCUCGCCAUCGCCGCUAUCAACGGCGGCUACCUCCAUAGCCUUGCCGGAAACACCAAUGCCCCUGGCCCGGUUUCUUUGAGCAGAGACCUUGUUGAGUAUCCGAGCCGCAUGCACUACAUCACCAUCCUGGGAGAGCUUGUCGGGGACAGUCAGAUACGCCGCCUUACAAAGGGUCAGGCCCUCGCGGGCCGAGACGACCUCGGCCGCAGAAAUGAUACCACCAAUGACGCUUCACCCUCUGACUUGGAUACCAUGUUUCUGGAAAGCAAAGGCGCGUUUACUCUACCGGCCAAAGAAUUGCGCGACGAGCUAUUAAAGAUAUACUUCCAAUCGUGCUACCCGUUCGCGCCCGUCUUCGAUCGGCCAGAUUUCAUGCGGUGUUACGAGACGGAGGGAAAAGCAACCUUUAUGCUGCAUGCGAUGCUGGCGUGCGCGGCGCAGUACGCGCCGCUUGAUUUGCUCAAGUCGUGCAAUUUCCAGAAUCGUGUCUCGGCCCAACGUGCUUUUUUCGAGAGAGCCACCCUCUUGUACGAUCUGGGUUACGAAAGGAGCCAAUUGCGCCUGUUGCAGGGAUCGGUCAUUCUGGGGACCGUUGCCUUUUCCAUGCCGUUGGAUAAGGACUUUCGGUAUUGGCUUCAGAACGCGGCGCGAAUCGCAGUCAACAUGGGCCUACACCAGGAGUCAGUCAAACAGGCGUCCCGCCUCUUUCCCUCCCCUCUCAGACACACGUACAUUAAGGCCUUACUCCCCGCUUCGACAUCAUCGCGCAUAGACACUGACAUACGUGACAUUUCGCUGUCCCUCACCGGCUUGAGGAACAUGAGGAUGCUCGACAGCACCGAGUGCACGGCUCCCCUCAUCUCGGAGUCGGACUGGGAAGACGGCUUUUCCGCAUCGGAAUCCAUGCAUGGCUUGCAGCCGAUCAAGAUGCAGGAAAAACUCUAUUUUGUUGAGAUUUCGAAAUUGGCAUUGAUUGGCGAGCGGUUGCUUAUAUUACCGUACACUGCUCAAAAGUCCCCGGCGUACGAGAUGGAAAACAACGAUUCUUGGAUCUCGCAGCUCCUGCAGACUGCCAUGUUUGAGCUCGAUACUCUGGUGGGAAGGGCGUUGAUCGAUGAUAUGGCCAAGAUUCUUCCGUUGACCUUCUCUGGGUGUCUCUUCACGGUUCUCGCCAUUCGGCUAGAGUCGAGUCUGCAGCGAUCAAUCUCGUACAUAAAUGCAUCCAUGACUCAUGAGUUUAUCCGGAGAAGCGUCCUGUUUCUGAGAGAAGUCCAGGACCUUCCGACAGUAGACAGAACAUUGGUCUUGUUUGAGCGCGUCCUCGUAAAGAGAGGUCUAUCUUCGCUACUCAACUCCCUAUCAAGUACAGACUCUACCGCCACCGAGCCCCAGAUACGGGGCCUUCACCCCAACACAGAUGUCCCCCGCGCAUGCGACAGCCCUACCUGA